AUGGUCAAGUCGGCCAAGACGCCUUCCAAGGAGGUGCAGAUCGAGGAGAAAGACCAAAAGAAGGGCAACGAGCUCAGCGAUCUGGCGAAAAAGGACCUCGUCAAGAAGAUGAUGCGCUUCCUCCUCAUGAAAGGGCUGAAUCACGAGCCCUUGACUAGGAAGGAGGUGAUGGACAACGUGCUCGGGGAGAAGUACCGCAAGGCCGGAGUGCUCAAGUUCAUCCUCAACAAGGCCGACGAGAAGCUGCAGCAAGGCAUGGGUUUCAAGAUCAAGACGCCGCUCCCGGACAAGCCCUGGUUCGUCAAGGACACCUUCUACGUGGUGAACGUGCUGAACAACGAGCAACACUUCAAGGAAGUCCUCAGGGGGAAGGGUCAGGCGGGGCGGGGGCUUCUGGUGUUGGUUCUAAGCAUCGUAUUCUGCAGCUCGGACAAGAGCGUGGCCGAGAACCAGCUGUUCAAGAAGCUCCACGACCACGUCGACAAGAGGGUUCCCGAGAAGGCGUGGAACGGGAACAACCCCAAGAACAAGGUCAGGGUGCACGUCGAUGGGCUCGGUGAUGUUCACGAGCACCUGGCGAUGUUCGCGAAGCAGCACUACCUCCUGAAGAAGAUGGUGGACAAGCCCACCGCGGACGGGGGCACCGAAUCGAUCCCGCACUACUCCAUGGGACCUCGAUCUGUCUUGGAAAUCGGGCACCGCCAACUCGUGGAACUCAUGGCCAAGGUAAUGGGACAAUCCAUGGACCCGUCGGACUUGCUGGGUCUGGAAGAGCAAGAGUCGCAGGGCCUCAGCCAGAUGGCCACCCAGGAACAUUGA